CGCACGCCAUCGUCGCGUUUGUGGUUGUGUUGCGCUGUGCAACACUUGUUUCAUGAAGUUUAUUUUUGUCUGCGUCAUUCGUGUUUUGUGAUUACUUUUCGCUGAAAUACCGACACAUGCGAUAAUUAUUUGUUUUUGUGCUUUAUUACUUAAUGUUCUUCAGUGGUUUCAUUUUCUCUUCCAGACUUAGUGUAACUUCUACUGAACUUUGAAAUGUGAUAACGUUAGUGCCUUCAAGUUUUUGACAAAUUCAAAGUUUACAUGUGAAGAUGUUUUUCAUCUGCCGUUUUUAUUAGUGAAUUUGCUACGACUUUACAACCAGUGUAUCGUGCUAAUGUAAAAUUCUUCAGGAUGAAGACGUUAACUCUUACCAAGAUGACUUAAACACGCAUUUGCAAAAACAUUGGCUGUACUGAUUAUUCCAACUCAGGAGGACUGGAUGAGGUGACACGAUGGACGCGGCCGACAAGCGCAUGCUGGACCGCGAGGCGCUCCGAAACAUGAUCCAGCAGUGGAACGCCAACCGGCUCGAUCUGUUCGAACUCAGCGAACCGAACGAGAACUUGGAGUUCCAUGGGGUCAUGCGCUUCUACUUUCAGGAUUCCGGACAGAAGAUAGCCACCAAAUGCAUCCGUGUCGCGUCCGAUGCCACAGUUAGCGAUGUCAUAGAGACGCUGAUCGAAAAGUUCCGUCCAGACAUGCGUAUGCUGUCUCUCGGCUCGUACUCUCUGUGGGAGACGCACGGGCCCGACGACGAGCGCCGCCUCGAGCCUCACGAGAAGCCGCUUCUCGUGCAGCUCAACUGGCAUACUGAGGACCGCGAAGGACGGUUCCUACUCAAGUGCCUUAGCAACAAUGAGGUUCCACUCUCAGGGGUCAACGAAAAAGGUGACCAAAAUUUCAAACGGAAAUUGUCCAAACGAGAGAAGAAGGAACUAAAGAAGAAAGAAAAAUUAUCGAGAUUAAAAUCCGACACAAACGACGAAACUCGACCAGUAGCCGAAAAGCUUUAUACAGAAUUGCCGGAGACGUCAUUCACGCGCAGCAUCAGCAACCCGGAGGCGGUGAUGCGCCGGCGCCGCCAGCAGAAGCUCGAGCGCAAGCUGCAGCAGUUCCGCAGCAAGGACGGUGGGCCCGACACCGGCGGCACCCUGAAGAUCUACGGAUCAUCCCUAUGCCCUGACGUACCGUACAAGACACUGCUGCUCUCCGUGGGCGACUCGGCGGCGGCCGUGGUGCGCGAGAUGCUGGACAAGUACGGGCUGUCGCGCCAGGACCCGCAGCACUACUGCAUCGUGCAGGUGGACACUGCUGACAACUCGGAGUACAUACUGGAUGACGACGAGUGCCCGUUAGCCAUCGUGAUGUCGCACCCCCACCAUAGCUCCAUCAUGUUCCACGUGCGGCGGCGGCCGGCGGACGCGCAGCCGCGGCGGCGCAAGAAGAAGGCGGCCGGCGUCGGCGGCGGCGGCCGGCCCGGCACCGAGCCGGCGCUCGUGGAGGUUGCCCCGGACGGAGCCACGCUCGAAAACGGCCGCCGGCUUCGCAUCACGGAUGUGGUUGAGAUCGGCUCCGGCAACGGCACCGCUCUCCAGCUGUACGGGCCGUCCAUCCAGCCGCGGCACUGCGUGGUGGCGCCGGCGGACGGCGGCGGGUACACCGUGACGCCGCUGCACGCCGACGCGCACGUCUACCUCAACGGCCGCCGCGUCCCGCACACGCAGCGGCUGCAGCAUGGAUGCUUGCUUAAGUUCGGGCGCGUGUCCACUUUCCGCUUCGUGGACCCCAUGCAGGAGAGCAUCCUGAACAGGAACCUUUCGCAGUCGCAGCACUUCGGCUCCGGCUCGAUCUACGACAGAUCCCCGACGUCGCCGGGCAGCAGCAGCGCGAUGUCGCCGACGUCGGUCGCGUCGCACGAGCCGCACGCCGACGCCAACGCGAACACCGCCGACGACUACUCGCGGACCAUGAGCCCCGUGUCGCAGGACACGUACUACCGCGACAACGACACGACGCCGCGCCCCUACCGCGACGCCGACGACAGCUCGAGGCAGUAUCGCGACGAUGACGUGACGCCCCGCCCGUACGUGGACGAUAACGGCCAGAGGCAGUACCGAGACGACGAUGGGUCACGCCCCUACAAUAACAACACGCUGAAGCUCGACAGCGAGUCGCUGAUGAUGUCUCAACAAGUCAUCGGCGCGGUUGACGAUUACGCGCCCGACGAGCAGAGUGGCUCGGUCUACAACGACCAGGAACAAAAUGCAACUCCGAACAGAACCGCAAACUCCCAGUACAAAGACAACUACGAAACCACUUUCGAUCUAGACGGAAAUGUAGAGACGAAAAGCAUUUGCAGCGCGAAAAGCGGCGGCUCAGGACACGACAACAGGAUGAGCGCGUCAGUGGGCAGCGCUACACGGCCGGGGCAGGAAGCCAUCUUGCCAGCGGUACUGGAGUUCCCGGAGCAGGGCCAGGCGCAGUUUCUGGCCGCCGUCGUGUCCAGGCUCGACCCGCACGCGCCAGCCUUUAAGCUCGCCCCCGUCUACACACUAUACCUAUGCGCCAGAUAUCGUGCGUCAACCCACUAUCGGCCGGAGUUAACCCCCACGGAGCGGGCGCACAAGCUCACUGCGUUCCUGCACCACGUGGCCACUUUAAUACACGAAACUGUACAGCAACGAUGCAACGAUUCGGCAGCUCAAGCUUUCUGGAUGGCGAACGCCAGUGAAUUACUUCACUUCCUGAAAUGUGAUCGACACAUAUCAUCGUUUUCAACGCAAGCGCAGGAUUUACUCCCUACAACUGUACAAAACGCCUUUAGUAACCUAGUGACCUGUUUCCAAGAGGAGUUAUCCCGAGCUCUAGCGACCCUCAGUAGUCCGAGCAUUACCGAUUCGACCGAAGCCACUGCGCCCACGCUGCAGACUCUAGCGGCUGCUAUGGUCCUGCUGCGACGCUGUCGGGUCAACGCGGCGCUCACGAUCCAGCUGUUCUCGCAUCUGUUCCACUACAUCAACGCAGUGUGCUUCAAUAAGCUGGUGACGGAGGCGGGCAGCAUCAGCGCGCGGUGGGGCGGCGCGCUGUCGGCGCGGUUCGCGCUGCUGGCCGCGUGGGCCGAGCGCCAGGGGCUGGAGAUCGCCGCCGACUGCCACCUGGCGCGCACCAUGCAGGCCGGUCAGUACACCAGCAGGGGACGGCCGCUGUCGGCGCGGUUCGCGCUGCUGGCCGCGUGGGCCGAGCGCCAGGGGCUGGAGAUCGCCGCCGACUGCCACCUGGCGCGCACCAUGCAGGCCGGUCAGUACACCAGCAGGGGACGGCCGCUGUCGGCGCGGUUCGCGCUGCUGGCCGCGUGGGCCGAGCGCCAGGGGCUGGAGAUCGCCGCCGACUGCCACCUGGCGCGCACCAUGCAGGCCGGUCAGUACACCAGCAGGGGACGGCCGCUGUCGGCGCGGUUCGCGCUGCUGGCCGCGUGGGCCGAGCGCCAGGGGCUGGAGAUCGCCGCCGACUGCCACCUGGCGCGCACCAUGCAGGCCGGUCAGUACACCAGCAGGGGACGGCCGCUGUCGGCGCGGUUCGCGCUGCUGGCCGCGUGGGCCGAGCGCCAGGGGCUGGAGAUCGCCGCCGACUGCCACCUGGCGCGCACCAUGCAGGCCGCCCGGCUGGUCCAAGGCACGUACCGCACGGCAGACGAGGUGCGGGCGGCGCUCUCAGCCUGUUUCAAGCUCAACUCCGUCCAGGUUCGAGCGCUGCUCACGCCUCUGGCCUCGCCCGACAUAGUGGAAGCAGCUGUGGCGCACGCCCGGGCCUUGUCCGAUGAACUACACAGAUCUGAUGGCAGAGAGAUCCGCUUAGAAGAAAGCGUAUGGCUAGGCACGGGCCUCCUCAUACCGGGUGACGGAUUCAGCGCAGAAGUGGUCCGCGGUGUGCCUCCUGGACUCGCCGAGUUCGUUGCCCCACUGCAAAGAGGAGGGUUAUGUCGCCUGGCGCACCAACCGCACGCGAUUGGCGUGUGGACCGUGUAUAUGGGAGGCCACGCGCCCGCGAGACCGAGGCCCGACCCGAGGGUGCAUAUUAUACAGCUGAAUAAAAACUCCGCUGGGAUGGGACUCAGUAUAGUCGCUGCUAAGGGUUACGGUCAGAACAAGUUGGGCAUCUACAUAAAAUCAGUGGUGGCAGGCGGCGCGGCGGCGGCGGACGGAAGACUCGCGGCCGGAGACCAACUGCUGUCGGUCGACGGGCAGUCGCUUGUCGGCAUUACCCAGGAGAAGGCGGCGGAAUACCUGAUGCGUACGGGCCCGGUGGUGACGUUGGAGGUGGCCAAGCAGGGCGCCGUGCUACACGGGCUCGCCACGCUGCUCCACCAGCCCGCCUACAACAAGCAAGGAGCAGGCAGCGCGCCGGGCGUAGGCGGCGCGCGGCGUUUAUCGGAGCGGGACUUACCGUCGCGGCUGGCGGCCGAGCCCGUGAAGCCCAGCAAGAGCACGCCUGCGCUGCACCACGCCGCCCAGCCGCCGCACGCGCACCCCGCCUACCUGCAGCACAGUGCAACGUUGAACCCAUCGCAAACGUCGGGCCCUGGGUCGCCCAACGCGUGGGCCAACAAGUCGCGCAGCAGCCACAACUUAUCGGCGCCGCACGACGGUGGCUUCUACCAGAACUUAUCCACUGUGCACGCGUCCCACCACCACACGCUACAAGACAGGUGGUCAUCGCUGCGUAGUUCAACGGGCAGCAAACGUCCCCAGUCGGCGCACUUCUCGGCCGCCGCCGCGGAGCAAGCUCCGGAGUCACCGUUGCACCAACAGGUGCCAAACACAAUGACAGUACGCGCGGCGAAGCUAGCAGAGAUGUCGGAAGAAGUUUCUAGGCGGAUGCAGGCGCAGUUGCCGCUCAAGCCUGGCCAGCUGCAGCACUCGCCCGCCCCACAUCAACACCUCGCCCAGAACCAGCAUCUUGGCCAGAAUCAGCACCCUGGUCACCAACAUCCUAUGAACCAGCAUAACCAUCAACAGCAGAUGGGCAGCCAGCAGCAGCUCUUACAAGGCGCGCCGCAGCAGCCGCAGUCGCCGCCGCCGCACCCACACCAGAACGCCAAGCCUUCGAGAUACGACUGGCACCCGCCUGGUCCUCCAUCGCCGCAAAGGUCGCAACCGCCUGUCGCUCCUAAACCGCAACAGAACGUUCGAAGAUCAGACAACGAUUUGGAUGAACAAUUUCAACAAAUGCAGCAGAAUCAAACUACCGGCACUGUCCAACCAGAAGAUGAGCGCUACGUGGCGAGCGCGCUGGAGCCGCCGGCGGUGUCGGUGUACCCGGCGGGCGGCGGCGGCGGCGCGCGCGCUCAGCCCGCGCACAACCCGUGGCAGCGCGAGGAGCGCGAGCGCCAGGCCGAGGCGCGCCGCGCCGCCAACAGGGCGAGGAGGGACGCAACAAUCGCGCAGCUACUGUCUCUGGGUGCGGCGCGCACGAGUGUACAGAACCAACAACUUCGCGCGUUGCAGCUCGAGCGAGACUUCGAGCGCCGCGCCACGCAGCAGGACCAGGAGGACGCCAACACAGAAGGCGUCGCCGACGACGACCGCGACUCACCUGAGCCUACCGCCCGGCCUCAACCGCCAUUCUCUCCGCCUUUACAUCACCAGCCGCCCCAGUCCCACCAACUACAUCAGCCACCUCAACAAAUGCAUCAGCACCAUCAGCCCCCUUCACAGCAUCACCAGCCCCCUCCACAGCAUCAUCAGCCACCCCAGCCACAUCAUCAGCCACCUCCACAACAUCAUCAGCCCCCCCAACAUCACCAGCCGUCGCCGGCGCCCCCUCAGGCGGCAUCGCCCGAGCCGAGAGUUCACCCUCAUCCGCCUAAAUCAAUACUCAAGACCAAUCGUACUGAUAUGUCAAAUGGAUAUGCCACGGAAGCGCAUGUCCAACCGCCGCAGCCGUCAUCAGAAGAGCGUCGCGCUACCGAGAUGUCUGCGAGUAUGUCGGCGCUUCACAUCGUGCCCGCCGCGGCCGCCGCCGGCCCGCAGUCGCCGGGCGCCGCGCCGCCCGCGCCGCCGGCCCGCGGCUCGUCCUUCGCCGUCAUGGCGGGCCGCACCAGGCAGCAUGCCGACCCGCUGCCGCCGCAGCCACAGUCGCCAGUGAGCGCGGGCCGCGACAAGCGCGUGUCGUUCCACGAGCGGCCCGCGCCCGCGUCCCCGCCGCCCGCGCCCGCGCCGCCCUCCACCUCGCCGCCGCCGCUCGACCCGCCGCAAACGCCGCAUUCACAGAUUAGGGAGGAUCCCGACCGUUUCAUCGAGGAGGCGGAGAGCAUGCUGGCAGGCGGCGUGUCGCCCGCCGCGCCCGCGCCCGCCGCCCACACGCCCGGCGUCAUCGGCGCGCAGGAGGUCUACAGAGAUCCGCGCGCGCGGCGGCUGGCCGAGCAGCAGGCGCGCGCGCCCGCGGCGCCGGUGCCGGAGCAGCUGUCCUUCAAGGAGAAGAUGAAGAUGUUCGCGCUCGAGUCCGGCGAGCACUCCACGCCCAAGGACAAGGUGAAGAUUUCCCGCGCACAGCGGGACAUCGAUGCGGUCCACUGAUCAACGUAUGACAUAUUUUAACUCGAAUCGCUACAUCACUAAUGAUGGUAAAAUUAUCACUCAAAAUAUUAUAGAAAUCGUAAGAUAUUAAUAUUGUAGAUGACGACGAAGUCUCCCGACAUUAUCACAGUAUUAAAUUAAUUACGAAAAAUAUAGGAAACAUUUGUCUCGCUGUUAUCGUCAGCGAGCCUCGCGUCUGACGCGAGAGAUCACGGUUGCGUUUGAACCCCGAACGAAAGGGAUCGAGCUUUAUGAAUCAAUGUAUGUACCGAGACCAAAAGAUUGCCUUCGACCGAACAUAGUACCAAUUUUAAAUGUAUAUUUUUAAGCGUCUUUGAUUCGAACGAUAAUAUUUUUAUGAAUUUGGAGAUAAAUUUAUAUCAUGUCGCCUUAGCAGCUAGAGCAACUUUUAUUGUGAUUCGAUUAUAUCUACAGACCAUUAUUUGGUUAUACCCAAGAGAUAAUAUUUACAAUGAUUGUCAUGUUUUAUAAUAUUUAAUGUUGCAAUGGCACGUCGAGAUCGAUUUAUUAAACUUUUACACACGUGCCAUGACAUUAUUAUGACUAAAAUACCUACUGAUAUUAUUAUGUUUAAUAAUAAUAUAAUUUAUUGUCGAUGGACCAAUAUUGAAGGCCAUGCUGGUGGGUGCCUUUUGUAUGUUUAGUGAAUAAUUUCACAUAUCCUUGAUGUUUCCUAAACUGUGCUGCUCGUAUCAUUCAUAAUUUAUAUUUAUAUCUGAAGCUUCGUUACAUUCCAAAGAAUAUUCUAUAUCGAUUUCUACAUUUUAUAAGCAUUCCUAAUCCUCUUCCGAGUCAUCCAGUGUAAAGUCUAUGUGUAAAACACGAUGUUGAUGUUAAAUGUUUGUAUUUUGAACCAACAGAAAGCAAUAACUCAUUGUGACGCCUUUGUUGUAUAUAAAUACGUAAGUUUUUUUUACAUAAAUGUAAGCACAUAUUUGUGCCAAAAUCGUAUACAUUGUGGCAAAGUAUGAAGAUCAUCUCUUAUGAAUUGGCAGCUGAACGAAUGUGUCGCCUGGUCACGACCCGGUGGUCAGGCUAUCGGCCGUUUCGUUUUAGUUAAUUUGCAACCUAUGGCACCAAUUAUUGUAUAUAAUGUAGGUAGUAAAAUCCAUAUAAUUAUGUUACGGUUUUGUACACCUGUUUGUAUAUGUACAUGUUUAUUUAAAGAAUAUAUCAUGACGAGUAAAGAGGCCUAUUCAGGUAGCUUAGUUUAGUUCCUGAGAAUGAUUUAAUGUUCUCAGUAUUGACCCAACGAUAGUCAAUUAGCGAAAGAUUGAGAUUUAUUUGUAGAAUGGAGUAUUAAUUAUUUUAUGCUAAGAUUGUAUAUAAU